GGGGUGCAGGACAGCAAACCAGAUGAGAGGAGUGUAAAAACAUUGGAGUGAGUUUCGUCAAAUACAAACAGAGAGCGUGUGGCAGAAAGGAAAGUCAAACACAUGCAUGCUGUGGAAGGGGAUUAAUAAAACUCUCCAGGUACAGGCUCCAGAAAGCUGUAGUGCGCGCUUUAGACUGCUGCAAGCACCAGAGGCAGCUGUGGAGGUUUGCAAGUGGGCAGCAAAGCAGUCCAGCCACUGUUGUUUGGAGCUAAACCAGGUCGAUGUGAGAUGCUGAGGGUCUAGAAACAAAUGUGGCGCUUGCAUUUACCACAUCUAGAAUAAUAAUAAGAAAAAUAAUAGGACUGAUGGCAUAACCUGACUAUAUAGAAGAGGGAAGUGCAAAAGGAAAAGUCUUACUUCUGACAAAAAGUAUUGCUGGGAAGCGCGCAUUUAUUUAUACUGUUUAUGCAAGAACGACACCGAAGAAAGUGGACUUGCAGAGGGACUCGCCAAUACCGGAGGCAAAUGAUGGUUCUUAUCAAUGAAUAAUAUCGGGGAAGAAUGACCUAAGUCUUGCAAGAUUGCGACAAAACUAAGAGCUGCAACUGAUAAAUAAACAAACCAGUGAUUUUGUACUGAAUUGUAAGAUUGGAGUAGAAGUUCAUCACUUUUAUAUAUUCUUGAUUACUUACUUUAUUCAAUAACACUAGUUUUGCUUGGAAGUCCUCACCUCAGCUCAACAAUUUUUUUUCAUUUGUUGAAGCACUUUUUCUAUUCUGCAGAUUGUUUUACCCCAACGCGUCAAUAUUGCUGGACCACUAAAACUUUCCCGUUAAGUAUUUGUGGAGUUAGGAGGCUAAAAGUCCUGCAUCAAGGCAUUGACUGUACUCCACCAUCGGGCAGCUCUGCAGACUUUUCCUGAACCUACAGCUUCAAAAACACCUCUCCUCUUUUCUGCACCCAUUUAAUUACAACCUCUGCGAUGAUAGUCCACGUCUGUUAACCGACCUUUAGUAGAUUUUCCAUUUGCAUUUGAAACUAACUGUUCGGGAGUUGUCCGUCUGCAGAGAAAUCUGCGCAAUCCAUGCAGCUUCAGGAUUUGUUGUCAUCUUCACCCUUCCAUUUGGUCCUCAAACCGAUUUGCAGCUGUGUUGCUUAAUCCCUUAGGUAUCCAGUCUCCAGGUGUCGCCGUUUUUCCUGCCUCCUAGGACCCUUGCGCCCCGAGGUGGCUCCUCCGAAGUGGUGCUGCGGCGGCGGCGGCAGCGGCGGCGGCUCUGCAGCCCCAGCGGAUCCGGAGUGCGGCGGGAUCUCGCCGGCAGGAGGCGGCGCUCCUCCGCCACGGGGUCCUAAAGCUGGCCGGGUCAAGAGAAUGGUGAGGCUGACGGCAGAGCUGCUUUUGCUGCUGGGACUCCUGCUGCUGACUUUACACAUCACCGUUCUGAGGGGCAGCCCCCUCUAUCUGGGGGCGAACAAUCACAGCGAAGAAGAUCCAGCAGCUCAAUCACAGGAUAACCUAAAUCCCAAGAUCUCUGCUUCCAGAAAUCCAGGAUUUUCCCUGACAUCAGGAGAAAGGACAGAAUCUAUAGAGCAGCACACAGCAGAUAGACAGUUACCAAAACAACGUUCGCAAAAAGACAGUGGACAUACUCAGCUACAGAGAGAUGGGCCUGGAUCAUUUUUGCUGGAUCUCCCAAACUUUCCAGACCUUUCUAAAGCAGAUAUAAAUGGCCAAAAUCCAAAUAUUCAGGUUACCAUAGAAGUUGUGGAUGGUUCUGAUACCGAAAAUGAGAAAGAUUUACGGAAAGAGGACAAAUCUACUUGGUCCAUCAGAUCUUCUGAUUGGAGGAAUUGGUGGCAAAGGUCGUCAGGUUCGUCUCGCUUGAGUAAUGGUGAUGCUGACUACAAAUAUGAUAGUGCUACUGAAGACAGUAACUUUCUAAACCCAAUAGGAGGCUGGGACAGAGGGUCACCCAGCCACAGAAGUUUUGAAUCCAAAACACAGCCUGAAUAUGAUUACAUCGAUGGAGAGGGAGACUGGAGCUCAUGGUCAGUAUGCAGUGUAACUUGUGGAAGUGGAAACCAGAAACGUACACGAUCGUGUGGCUAUGCCUGCACAGCCACGGAGUCAAGGACUUGUGACAUGACUAGCUGUCCAGGUAUUGAAGACACAUUCAGGACUGCUGCAACAGAAGUUAGUCUGCUAGCAGGAAGUGAAGACUUUAAUGCCACAAAAUUGUUUGGUGUUGAUACGGACAGUUGUGAGAGGUGGAUGAGCUGUAGAAGUGAAUUUCUAAAGAAGUAUAUGCACAAAGUGGCCACUGAUCUUCCCAGCUGUCCUUGUUUCUAUCCUACGGAAGUUGCUUAUAGUACUGCUACUGUAUAUGACAGGCUAAAGAGGAAGGAGUUCCGUUGGAAAGAUGCAAGUGGUCCAAAAGAAAAACUGGAAAUAUAUAAACCAACGGCACGUUACUGCAUCCGUUCAAUGCUCUCCUUAGAAAGCACAACCCUUGCAGCACAACAUUGUUGCUAUGAUGACAGCAUGCAGUUAAUUACAAGGGGUAAAGGAGCAGGCACCCCAAAUUUAAUAAGCAUAGAAUUUUCUGCAGAGCUUCACUACAAAGUAGACAUAUUGCCAUGGAUCAUAUGCAAGGGGGACUGGAGCAGGUACAAUGAUGUGCGACCUCCAAAUAAUGGACAAAAAUGCACAGAUAACCCUUCAGAUGAGGACUACAAUAAACAGUUUCAAGAAGCCAGGGAAUAUUAAAUGAAGAAUGUUCUCCCUAGAUCCAAGGAAGGGAAAACAACCACUGUGUGUGGCCCAAAAUAGAAAAAAUGCUGUAUUAACUUUCUUCUGAAAACAGGGUUAAACCACUUUGCUUUUCAUUUAUAUCAUAUGAGUGUAUAUAUAUAUAUAUAUAUAUAUAUAUAUAUAUAUAUAUAUAUAUAUAUAUAUUCAAACUGCAUGACAGUUUAUGUCCUUAUACAAUAUGAGCAUAUGCAUAAACACACACAUAGAUUUUUCCUGGUGGAACUACAGAUGUGAGUUGACAGCCAAUAUUUAACAUUUUAAAAAUUACAUGAAAGAAAAUUAUGCAUAAAUAGUCAUGAUACAAAUCAGAUGAGACAAAUUAAAGUUGUGUACAAAUAUGAUGCAGAUAAUAAAUUACUUAGUAUUGGCUGAAGAUAAAAAACCAAACAGCACAUAUCUGUUGGGAAACAGUAUGUCCAAUAUUAUUAAAUUACUUUGGUUUUGACUAUCAGCCAUGAAUAAUACCAGUCAUUUCAGAACUGGAACAAAAAUGUCACACAAUGGAAAAGUAAAUAUAUCUGUUUGCUAGCUCAUAAUGAGAAAGUGACCGACACAACUUUUCCAACACACACCCACUCACACAGAUACACGAAGAUAUAGCUGGUUACUUAGCAUAUAAAUUGGUUAUCCUUUUCUAAGAAAUUGUGUUUUACAUUAAAGAAAAAAAAUAAAAUGGGCUGUACAUCUUCCCUGCCUUGUCAUUGAGCUGAGGGUGAAUAUAUGUUGACUCCAAGUCUAUAGAACAAAGACUUCCUAGAUAGUUUUUUAUCUAUUUCUGGGAAGGAGUUAGUGCUAGGGAAAUAAUGCACAUGUAAAGGAAGUGACACAUUUCUUUUCCCAUAUACUUGUAGGAAGAGUACCUAUAAUGUCUUCUACUUUGUUUUUAUUUUUCAUUUAAUUUCUAUAUUGAGCACAUGUUGCAGAGAGAAUAUUCUAGAAAACUAUUUAAAGAAACCUUUCUUUUUCACUGAACAGUUCUUCGUAUUCAGAGAAACAGCAUUAUUUUUGUAAAGUAUUUAUUGUUAUAUACCCUGUGCGCUAGGCGUUUUAGUAUGACCUGAAUACUUGGGACACCUGACAGUGCACACAAAGGGAACCAUAAGUUGACUUGUAUCUAUAGACUCAUAAAAAGUGAACUCUAUAAAUAAAACAUAAAUGAGAUAAAGUGUU